AGUGUAGGACAGAUGAAGAGGGGCACAAUUCCUGUGCCCCACCCCUGCCCCCACCCCCCUCUCCCCGGGAUUGGCUGAUGUGAUGGUCACCGUACAGGAUCUACAGGAUGUUUGACAGCCCUUCCCAUUGACCAAAGCUCCAGGAUGCUCAUGGUGCCCGUCGGAAGUGGCCAACCUCACCACGCCGUGCCUGUGGCCUGCGCCCUCACCUGUUCCUGGCUCCUGCUAUUCUUUCAUGCCGCCUUCAGCCAGAAGCCUGCCAAACUGCCCCUGGUGGGCCGCAAGCCCUUCAUCGCUGCCUGGAACGCACCGCUGGACCUGUGCACUGUCAAGUACAAUGUCCACACCAACCUGGAGCACCUCUUCCACAUUAGUGGCAGUCCGCGGGCCGUCCACACUGGCCAGAACGUUACCAUUUUCUAUGCCAACCGGCUGGGCCUCUACCCUUUCUACACGGACCACAGCAUCCCUAUCAAUGGAGGCCUGCCCCAAAACUGCAACAUGAAUGACCAUCUCCUCAAGGCCUACAGGGAUAUCAACCAUUUUAUCCCCUCGGAGGACUUUGCCGGUCUGGCGGUCAUUGACUGGGAGUACUGGCGCCCACAGUGGAACCGCAACUGGCACAAGAAAGACAUUUACCGGCGGAAGUCCCGGGAGCUGAUCACACAGGCCUAUGUUAACGUGACUUCAUCACAAAUCGAAGAGCUGGCGAGCAAACGCUUUGAGAAGAGUGCCCAGGCGUUCAUGCAGAAGACUGUCCAGCUAGGGACGUUCCUUCGCCCCAACGGACUCUGGGGCUUCUACCUCUAUCCGGACUGCCACAACUACAACCUGUAUGAGCACAACUACACAGGCUCCUGCCCUCUGCUGGAGAGCCUGCGUAAUGACGAACUGCUCUGGUUGUGGAACAGCAGCACAGCACUGUUUCCCUCAGUGGCUAUCAGGAAGAGCCAAACAGACAGUGUCAGCAAUCUCCAUUUCUCCCAGUUUAGGGUGCUGGAAUCUCUGAGGAUAGCUGGGCUCACCUCACACGGCUAUGACCUGCCCACAUUCGUGUACACACGCCUGGGCUACAGAGACGAGGCAAUGGCCUUCCUCACCACGAAAGACUUGAUCCACACCAUUGGGGAGAGUGCUGCUCUUGGUGCGGCUGGUUUUGUGAUCUGGGGAGACCUCAACCUCACCUCAUCCAGACACAACUGCACAAAGGUGAAGUCCUUCCUGAACCAGCGCCUGGGUCAGUACAUCACCAAUGUGACACGGGCUGCAGAGGUCUGCAGUGACUUCCUGUGCCAGAGCAACGGCCGCUGUGUCCGCAGGAACCUCCAUGCCCCGUACUACCUCCACCUGAGCGGAGACAGCUACCACAUCCAGCCCUCAGGGGACGGGGACUUUGUGGUCACUGGCUGGCACUCGCAGCACGAGCUCCAACUACUGGCCGAGAGGUUCCGCUGUCACUGCUAUGAGGGACACACCGGGGAGAAGUGUGACAGCCUGAACAAGGUGGUGGAAGAAGAGGAGGAAGAGGAGGGGGGAGAGGGGGAGGAGGAGCAGAGGGAAAGUGCUGCUUCACGAACUGGGAACACCCUUGUCUUGGUGGUGUUGCUCCUCCUAUUGAACUUAUAUCCUUAGUGGGGACUGUUGUAUGAUGAUAGCACUUUAAGUGCCGUGUGUUAUUUGUGGUAGGGGAGACAGAGCUUGAAGUCACUUCCAUGGGACACUGCUUUCAUGCAAUGCUGUGUCAUUUUUCAACUGGGGUCCUUCACUAUAAUGGGUAACACUUUACUUGAAGGGUACCACCUUGUCAGCUCAGGGAUUGAAACUAACAACCUUUCAGUUACUGGCCCAAUGCUCUAACUGCUAGGCUACCUGCCACCCUAAAUGCUUAUCCUGUCAUCAAACCUACUUUAUGGUUUCAUUAAGCCUUACUAAAUAUUAGGAUCAAUAUAAACUGUGGGCUGUUUUUUGCUCCAGUCUCCCCUAAUACUGUGCAGUUUCAUCUAGCAAUAAGCUUUUUGCUCCAGUCUCCCCUAAUCCUGUGCAGUUUCAUCUAGCAAUAAGCUUUUUGCUCCAGUCUCCCCUAAUACUGUGCAGUUUCAUCUAGCAAUAAGCUUGGUAUUUCCACAACGCAAAGUUUAUAAUGUUUUUAACCGUACGCUAUCAUUGAAUGCUAAUUCAUUUGAACGGAUUAUCUAAUUUGACUACUGGAGGAACAAUAAAGUUUUAAAAAGUUCCUUGGCACAGCGCAAUUUGAAAAAGCCUAUAACAAAUUGGUGUAUCUCCAUGGAAAAGUUUCCGAACCACGUCACGUUCGGGCCUUCCCAUGGCCUUCCACAGGGAACACUGUUUAGCAGGCAACGUAUAGGAGCAUUGUGUAACAGAGGCGCUAUGGAGGGUGCCAGCUGUUUCCUCCCCACACCUUUUUGCAAACAUUGGUGUUCAAGUUGUAUUUAAACUGGACAUCUCAUCGAUUCACAGGGGUAUGUUCAAAAGAACCCAAAGCCUUUACGUAUCACUCUGACAUUAAAGCUCAGGUAGGCAGGGGUUAACACUGAGCAGCAAUGGAAGAGACCUUUAUGUCAUGUCAACACCUUUUGCCUAUCCUCCUUAGUUAGUAGUUUACUGUAGGAGAGUUACAAGGUAUGUCAUGUCAACACCUUUUGCCUGUCCUCCUUAGUUAGUAGUUUACUGUAGGAGAGUUACAAGGUAUGUCAUGUCAACACCUUUUGCCUGUCCUCCUUAGUUAGUAGUUUACUGUAGGAGAGUUACAAGGUAUGUCAUGUCAACACCUUUGCCUGUCCUCCUUAGUUAGUAGUUUACUAUAGGAGAGUUACAAGGUAUGUCAUGUCAACACCUUUUGCCUGUCCUCCUUAGUUAGUAGUUUACUGUAGGAGAGUUACAAGGUAUGUCAUGUCAACACCUUUUGCCUGUCCUCCUUAGUUAGUAGUUUACUGUAGGAGAGUUACAAGGUAUGUCAUGUCAACACCUUUUGCCUGUCCUCCUUAGUUAGUAGUUUACUGUAGGAGAGUUACAAGGUAUGUCAUGUCAACACCUUUUGCCUGUCCUCCUUAGUUAGUAGUUUACUGUAGGAGAGUUACAAGGUAUGUCAUGUCAACACCUUUUGCCUGUCCUCCUUAGUUAGUAGUUUACUGUAGGAGAGUUACAAGGUAUGUCAUGUCAACACCUUUUGCCUGUCCUCCUUAGUUAGUAGUUUACUGUAGGAGAGUUACAAGGUAUGUCAUGUCAACACCUUUUGCCUGUCCUCCUUAGUUAGUAGUUUACUGUAGGAGAGUUACAAGGUAUGUCAUGUCAACACCUUUUGCCUGUCCUCCUUAGUUAGUAGUUUACUGUAGGAGAGUUACAAGGUAUUGUCUUGUAACACCAAAGUGAGUGUUUUCUACCCAGGUUACUCUUGAAAUGUGUGAAACUGUAAAAUCAUUUUCAUGUACAAUUGUUAUGCUAAACUAGACCGUAAAACCAUUAUGUAUAUGGACUAUAUGUUAUUUUAAUGUAAAGAACAGAAAUGUUUCAAAUCUUGUAUUCAUGUUGUUCUUUACCCAUGCACGAUGGCACUGCACAAAUGUACUCCAGAUGUUCUUUCUGUGAAGCACCAAGGGCUAGAGUCAUAAUUGACUUGGCAUCAAUAUAAGGCAUGUCAGCAUUUUGAUAGCCGCCAACAUUUCUUUUUGGAUUGCUUUACUCACUUUUUGUUCAUGUUUUAUGUGUAUGAACAAGUGGCUCAUAUAAGUAGUUCAUACAAUAUAUUUCAUUAUGUCUACUGACUGUGGUUUCACUGUAGACAAAUCCAUCUCAAUGUGGAUGAUUUCAUCAUCUCAGCCAUCUCAGCUAUAGUAGCCCUGUGCUUUUGCCUAGACUGCACUUAAGAUUCCAAGAUUGUAAACCAAAUACACAAGGAUUAUAUGCAACAUAUGACACGUGUUGCUUGAAUGUAGAUGAACUGCAAAAAAAUAAAAAAAAUGGAUCAUUUUGGAUACA